UAAAAUAGAUAAGACAUUUUUCUUUCUUUUCGUAUCAACAAACAAUGACAGUCUUUGACGCCAAAUCCGAACUCACCACCAAGGACUUGAGAGCUUCUAUUCUAAACCGUUUGGCAGGACUAAGCCUAAAACCCGGUGAGGAAAUUCUUUUGAAGGAAAAUUCAAGGCGAUUUUGUUUGUUUCCUAUCAAGUUUUACGAGAUUUGGGAAUUUUACAAGAAAGCCGAGGCUUCAUUUUGGACAGCUGAAGAAGUUGAUUUAUCAAAAGAUAUAAACGAUUGGGAAGAAAAACUAAACGAAGAUGAACGCUUUUUUAUCUCUCGUGUGCUAGCCUUUUUCGCUACCUCGGACGGAAUUGUCAACGAAAAUUUAGUGAAGAACUUUUGUGAUGAAGUUAAAAUUGCAGAAGCGAAAUGCUUUUAUGGAUUUCAAAUCAUGAUUGAAAAUGUUCAUUCGGAAAUGUAUUCGUUAUUGAUUGAUACAUAUAUCAAAGAUCCGAUUCAAAAGGAGUUCUUGUUUAAUGCAAUUGAAACUAUUCCUGUCAUUCAAAACAAAGCUCAAUGGGUGCUCAAAUGGAUUUCAAACGAGUCUAAUCAACCAUUUGGCGUUCGCCUUGUUGCUUUUGCCGCUGUCGAAGGCAUCUUCUUUUCUGGUUCAUUUGCGUCUAUCUUUUGGUUAAAGAAACGAGGCUUGAUGCCUGGGCUGACUCUCUCCAAUGAAUUCAUAACCCGAGAUGAAGGUCUUCAUGCAGAUUUUGGAUGUUUGCUUUUUCAACAUUUAGUUCAUCAACCUUCCGAAGCUACUGUUUUUGAGAUCAUAUCCGAAGCCGUUAAAAUCGAACAGUCUUAUUUUAAGGAUUCGCUACCUGUCCGCUUGAUUGGUAUGAAUGACGAUUUGAUGUGUCAAUAUGUUGAAUUUGUGGCUGAUCGACUCUUGGUUGCACUUGGCUUUUCUAAACACUAUCAUACAAGCAAUCCAUUUGAUUUCAUGGAGCUGAUUUCUCUUCAAGGCAAAACUAAUUUUUUUGAGAAGCGUGUUUCUGAUUAUCAAAGAGCAAGUGUUAUGAGUCAAAAAGAGAGUCGUGUUUUCUCUCUUGAUGCCGAUUUUUGA